AUGGAUGGACUGUGCUUAAGUGAAAUUGGAGGUUACGAGAAUGGAAGGAUUGGCCAAGGGCAGCUCGAGGAUGACGACGACGACACUCAAUACAAAUCCAAGAACCUGGAAGCUGAGAGGAGGAGACAUAUACGAAUGAAUAUGGCAACAAUUUUAGAUGAUGCGGUGAGUUACAUAGUGGAGCUGCAGAAGAAUGUGAAGGCCCUGAGUGACCAACUUCUCGAAACAGAGGCACCAUGUGAAGACGGGCCAAAGGCAUUGGUCGAUGAGAUUGACGCAGCGCAAGAUAUGGAAGCAAAUGGGAUUAAGGUUUAG